CCUCGGUGAAGAUGCGAUUGCUCUUAUUUGGUAGAUCAAGGAGAAAGCCGGUGUCCCUUCAAUGCCUUCUCCUCGCAUCUGCAACUUUCACCGCUAUCGGCAUCUUACUCCUCACUCUCCGUUCCCUCGACGAUCCAUCAACAUCCUACAUCCCCCAACGCCACCCUACCCAAACCACCACCAAAGCAUGCGCUACUGUUGAAGAGAUGGGCGAAGAUUUCCGAGGUGGAUUUCUCGAGCAGACUUUCCGGGUUAGAAAUACCAUCCGACGUCACUUCCAUCUUAACGGUGCUGCUAGAAUCCGAGGUCUCCCUCCAGAGGAGUUCUGCAAACAAAGUUUUGUGAUAGCAAAAGCAUCAGAGGCAGGUUUUGGAAAUGAAAUGUACAAGAUCUUAACGGCAGCAGCUUUGAGUGUAAUGUUGAACCGGUCACUGAUAAUCGGACAAACCAGGGGUAAAUAUCCUUUUGGGGAGUAUAUCUCAUAUACCACUACUGCUUUUUCCCUGAAUGAAGUCAAACAUCUAUGGAGACAAAAUGGAUGUUUGACCACCUAUGGCAGGCAUCUGGUUAUGAGGAUUGAUGAUUUUCAAAAGCCAUCAAAGACAAAUGUUCUCUGUAGCAAUUGGAGGGAGUGGGAGGAGCCUAUUAUAUGGUUCCAGAAUACCACUGAUGCUGUGGCAGCUCAAUUCUUUCUAAAGAAUGUUCAUUUUGAGAUGAGAAAGGCUGCUUCGGAGCUCUUUGGGCAGCCCCAAAGCCAUCAUAGGCCCAAUGUAUUUGGGGAGCUAAUGAGAAUUCUCAUAUCUCCUACAGAAAAAGUAAAGCAGGCUGUAGAUUCAGUCCUUAGUGGAGGGUCAGACCCUGAUAUUACGUUGCACAUGCGGAUGCUUAUGAACAGGUCUGUGAGGGCAUUGGAGGCAGCAUUAGAUUGUACAAGAAAAGUCAUGCAGAAUGCACAGUUAGGUUCCAGACCGCGGUUGGUUUUGGUUUCAGACACACCCUCGUUGGUGGAGGAUGUGAAAUCAAAUUUUGAUAGAUAUGCAGAGGUUGUUCAUUUCAACUAUGAAAGCUAUGAAGGAGAAUUAUCUGGCCAAAAUGGAUUACGUAGUUUAGAUUUUAGAACAAAGGAUUGGGGGCCAGCACCCAGAUGGGUUGCAUUUGUCGACUUUUUUCUCGCAUCACGUGCAAGACAUGCGGUUGUUUCUGGGGCCCACAGGCGUGUCGGGACAACCUACGUGCAGUUGAUUGCAGCACUGGCGGCUGCAAAUUCAGCUGGUAACUCGAAUUUUUCGUUCUUCAGUAGCUUUCAAAGUAGUCUGAUUUCAGAAGGAUUGAGCAAUCAAGUAGGUUGGGGGCAUGUGUGGAACCGAUUUGCAGGUCCGUUGAGCUGUGGAAACCAGACGAGUCAAUGUGCUUACACACCGUUGCUACCUCCAAGUUGGUGGGAUGGUAUGUGGCAAUCUCCGACUCAGCGAGAUAUCCACAGGAUGGAAGCUUAUGGCAUUCACUUAUCAGGAUUUGGUACAUUUGAUGAAGAUCAGCUUCUUUCUUUCUGUACCUCGAGGAAAGAAGUAGGGAAAUUUGUUACACUAGUAUAAAAUAUGUUUCCCCUAGUACUAGUUAUCAGCAAAGCACCAUAUAUAAUUCUUAAUAUUUAUGUUACCUGUUAUUAUGGCUUUUUGUUCAUACAUUUGACUUUUGAUUGUUAU